GAUGUGAUUUUACACUUUGAGCCUUUCCUGGUAGCCUCUAAGAGUAAAAGUAUUGAUUUAAUGCUACACUUGGGAACACUGUAAAAUGACAGUUUAUGGCUCAUGUAUAAUAAACAAGCAUAUGAUCUAGAGAUUUUUAACCUGAAUAUUCAAUCAAAGCUAAAUCGCACACAGACUGAGAGCUUAGCAAAUGAUGGGCAAGGCAAGGUUAUGAAGACAUGAUGAGGAUGAGUCCACCAACUCUUCUUGGAAAUUCUACCUUCAGCAUUCAGCAAAUGCCAUAAAACACAAUCAUGACAUCUACUGGAGGGGAUUUGAACACAUUUCGGUGGCUAUGCACCAUUAUCGGAUUUAUUUUCUAUCUAGGAGACAUUGGAUCCGAUCUCUUGUUAACCGUGCAGUAUUUUAGAGCCGGACAUCUCACCUGGGCUGCAUUGACUCUUGUGUUUAUUCUGAGCGGAUCUUUAUGCAUACAAAUAUUCAGUUAUGCAUGGUUUAAUGAUGACAAGAGAGAUAAAGAAGAAGACAGCCUGUCCACUGGCCAUCUGAUUGGGAUUCAUGUACUGCAGAUAGGCAUAAUUACUAGGUAUCUCGAUCUGAUGAAAAGGAGUUUAAAAUCCCUUUGGUUCAACCAAGUCCAGUCACGACUUUUCGACCUCGCUACAGAUCUGAGCAUGCUCCGCUUGUUUGAAACGUUCCUUGAGAGCGUUCCUCAACUUGUUCUGCAACUCUAUAUCAUCCUGGAGCACAACCAUCGCUCUACUCUGCAAUAUAUCAGCAUGGCCGUGUCUUUCCUCAACAUCGCCUGGUCCACAGUGGAUUAUCGUCGCUGUUUACGCCAUUCUCUACCUCACGUUAACGAGAUGCCUUGUGGAAUCCCCACAGUUGUGUAUCUACUCUACAAGGUAUUAACCAUAACUCCUCGAAUCCUCAGCCUCACCGUCUUCAUCAUGCUGUCCACUUUCAGCACUCUAGCAAUGGCCUUCAUAUGGCUGUUGGGAACCUUCUGGGCUUGUUUGGAAAAAACUGACUUCUGCACUUCACGAGUCCUUGAAUAUAUUUAUCGAGCCACUGUUGGAGUCAUCCUCAUCUUCACAUUCUUUAACAUUAAAGGAGAGAACACCAAAGUUCCCAUGACAAUAUAUUACAUUUUCAGUGCGAGUCAAAACCUGGCAGCACCUAUUCUGUUGUUUCUUUUCAAACCAGAAUCCGAGGGGACUGACUAUUUCUUGCCCAUAAUAUUAUUUAUAUUAAUGUCAAAUUCACUUGGACUGGGUUUCCUGGGAAUCUAUUACAGUCAUCUGCACCCUCGUAAGGUGGCUGACGAGAUAGAUGGAAUGGAAAGACAGGAGCAAAAGACAGAAAAAACACGUUUAAACCAUUUUAUACAAAUAUAAUAAUCUUGCUUAUGAACUAAUGAACUGGACAACUGAAAAAAGCUGGCUAUGUAUAGUUAUUUAUAAAGACAUUAUAUGCUUGAAUUGAUAAUGAAGGAUCUGUUUAAAAGCUAUAAAAAUGUUUUAAAGCUGCCAAGGAAGAUAUCUGAUUUACAGGUAUGAAACUAAACCUGUACAAAUUAUGAAUAAGAUUUCUGCUGCUGAGAUUAAUGCCUUUAAUUCAUUCUCUACCUCUGAUCACUUUUGUUAGUAGUUCAAGCACUACCACAUUUAUAACACAAGAUGGCACUGUUGUUCCAUAAAAACUUAAAAAGCAGUCUCUAAAAAAAUUUAAAUCUGUCAUUUAUUCACCCUCAUAUUAUUUUAAACUUGUAUGACUUUCUUUCAUCCAAAUAGAGAUGUUAGGUAGAAUAUUAGGGACAACCUCAGUCACCAUUCACUUUCACUGUAUGGAAAAAAAAAAAAAAAAUGCAAUGAAAGUGAAUGUGGCUGAGGUAGUGAUUUGGCCUAACAUCUCCUUUUGUUUUCCACAGAAGUAAAAAAAGUAAUCCAGGUUGGACAUGAGAGUGAGUAAAUGAUGAUAAAAAUGUAAAUGUAAAUUUGUGCACUACCCCUUGAAUUUUCAGAGUACAUUAAAAAAUAAUUUCAGUUCUACUAGACUUCUAUACUGUGUGUGUAUAUAUAUAUAUAUAUAUAUAUGUAUAUAUAUAUAUAUAUAUAUAUAUAUAUAUAUAUAUAUAUAUAUAUAUAUAUAUAUACACACACACACACACACACACACACACACAAAUUCAAUAGAGCAAGUGAUCAACUUGGUAAUACAACAUGUAUAAAAAAAAUGAAAAAGGUCAGGACUGCAAUUAACACUGCGAUUUGAAUGCAACAUUAUGUAACUUUACACGAAUCCUUCGUGUGGACAUGUAUGUCUGACUUAAGCAGAAGGACAUGUGAACUUUGACCCUGACUAUCUCUGCUUCUAGAGAGACCAAGAGGCUGUAAGAUCAACUGCAGAUCAGCUGUUUCAGUGCUGAUUUAAAGAUAAUAAACCAAUAUUGUGCAACCUAGCAGAGUGAGAAAGGAUUGAGAGAAGCAGAAAAAAAGAGAGUGAAGAGAAAGGAUAAAAAUAGAAAAGUGGCCACAGCUUUCCUUAGUAGUUUGUUCAGUGAAUAUCUGCACUGAGGGGGUGAGUUACCAUACAGACAGACUGCAGAUUUAAUCAACAGUAGAGUUUUCAAAUAAACAUUAGUAUACUUUUCUUCUUUACAUACGUUGUAUUCUUUGUUUGCAUACUCUUUAACACUCUCCCUUACUGAUAUCAUUAAAAACUUAAAAACUAAAAACUUAAACAGAGUUCAUUAUAAAUCUAUUUACUUUUUCUAUUUAUUUUUCUUUUUUUCUGUAUUUAUUAUAUGUUUACAGUCUCUGUACUUCCCUGUGGCUCUUUGAUGGAGUCUUUAUUAUUGUGUUUAUGAGUCAAUUGCAUGCUCUAUUUUUUAUUACCAAACAAAGUAUUCUACUCCCUUUCAUGAUAAAUCCAUUCUGGUCUGCAUGGAUAUUGCUAUGAUUUUGCACGUC